AUGGGUGUCGCCUAUCCCUUCACAUCGUCCACCCCCUUGACGCACCGUCGCCCUCGCAUCCCCCGUUUCCCCGUCGCCCUUGCCCUCCCAACGCCCUUACCCCGGUCCCCUCUCGUCGAUUUCUUGUCAACGUCGUGGGGCCACAUUCCGACGCUUCGUACACCACUCCGCGCUCCUCUCGCCUCACGGCGCGCGCUCCUCUCGCCUCCCCGCGCGCGCUCCUCUCGCCUCCCCGCGCGCGCUCCUCUUGCCUCCCCGCGCGCGCUCCUCAAGCCUCCCCGCGCGCGCUUCUCUCGCCUCCCCGCGCGCGCUCCUCUCGCCUCCCCGCGCGCGCUCCUUUCGCCUCCAGCGCCGCAUCUUCCCGCCUCCCCGCGCGCGCUCCUCUUGCCUCCCCGCGCGGCCUCCUCUCACCAUCGCCAGCGUGCUCUGCUCGCCAUGGCCUCGCGUGCUCCUCUCGCCUUGAUAGCGCGCGAUUCUGUCGCCUCCCCGCGUGGCCUCCUCUCACCAUCCCGCGCGUGCUCCUCUCGCCUCCCCUCGCAUGAGAGGCGAGCCUUUAUAGCGCGCGCUUCACUUGCCUCCCCGCGCGGCCUCCUCUCACCUCCUCGCGCAUCCUCCUCUCGCCGCCUCACGCGUGCUUCUCUCGCCUCCCCGCGCGAACUCCUCUCGCCUCCCCUCGUGUGCACCUCUCACCCCCCCUCUACCGCCCCUCUUGCCUCCCCGUGCAGCCUCCUCUCACCUCCCUGCGCGUGCUCCACUCGCCUCCCCUCGCGUGGUCCUCUCACCUCACCUUGUGUGCUCCUCUCGCCCCCCCACGCGUGCUCCUCUCUCCCCAUCUUGCGUGCUCCUCUCGCCUCCCCACGCGUGCCCUCUAAGAUGCGUGAGGGGCUUCACCUCCCGUCUCCUCACUGCCUCUCUGCGUCUCGCGACAGCCUCUUCCCUCACAAGCCCUCGGUGCAGGCCCUCUCGCCUCCCGUGCUCCACUCUGGAAUGUGGGACGCUCCUCUCUCCUCACCUCCCGUGCUCCCCUCUGACAGGUGGGGUGCUCCUCUCUCCUCACCUCCCGUGGUCCACUCUGACAGGGCAUGGUGCUCCUCUCCUCUCGCCUGCAGUGCUCCGCUCUGGAACGUGGGACGCUCCUCUCUCCUCACAAUCGCCCUCACUUCCCCUUCCCGUCGCCUUCACUUCUCCCCUCCGAUGCCUUUGAUUCCCCCUCCCGUCGCCUUCCACGCCUGCCGCACUCGCUUUCCCGCCCGUCACACUCGCUUCCCCACCCGUCACCUUCACUUCCCCUCCCAUUGCCUUUCACUCUCUCCUGCUCCCUCUCUUUCCCCCUGCUCACUCUCUCCCCCCCCCCCCCCCACUCACUCUCUUUCCCCCCUGCUCACUCUCUCCCCCCCCCCCCACUCACUCUCUUUCCCCCUGCUCACUCGCUUCCCCCCGCCUCAUUCUCUUUCCCUCUGCUCACUCCUCUUGUUCUCACCCCGCUUUCCCCAUUUCUCACCCAUUUUCCCCCUUCACGCUCUCUUUCUCUUUCUCCCCCCGUCGCCCUCCCUUCAACUCCUCGUUGCCCUUGCCAUCCCUCCCUUCUCCCUUCCCAUCUCGCACACGUGUCACGCCCCCUUUCCAACCCGCACAUACACCCUUCCCUUCUUCCCUGUUUCCCCGUAUCCCCUGCGCUGCUUCCCACCAUCCUCCGACUUGCUCCCCCCAUCCCCUUCCCUACUUCCCCCUUCCCCUCCCCUGCUUCCCCCUUCCCCUCCCCUGCCUCCCCCCAUCCCCUUCCCUGCUUCCUCCCAUCCCCUUCCCUGCUCCCCCCCAUCCCCUUCCCUGCUUCCCCCCAUCUCCUUCCCUGCUUCCCCCCAUCCCCUUCCCUCCUUCCCCCCAUCCCCUUCCGUGCUCCCCCUAAUUCCCAUCCCUGCUUCCCCCCAUCUCCUUCCCUGCUUCCCCCCAUCCCCUUCCCUCCUUCCCCCCAUCCCCUUCCCUGCUCCCCCUCAUCCCCAUCCCUGCUUCCCCCCAUCUCCUUCCCUGCUUCCCCCCAUCCCCUUCCCUCCUUCCGCCUAUGCCCUCCCCUGCCUCCCCCCAUCCCCUUCCCUGCUUCCCCCCUUCCCCUUCCCUGCUCCCCCCCGUCCCCUUCCCUCCUUCCCCCCGUCCCCUCCCCUGCCUCCCCCCAUCCCCUUCACUGCUUCUUCCCAACCCCUUCCCUGCUCCCCCCCAUCCCCUUCCCUGCUUCCCCCCAUCUCCUUCCCUGCUUCCCCCUAUCUCCUUCCCUGCUUCCCUCCCUCCCUCCCUCCCUCCCUCACUCCCUCCCUUCCUCCCUCCCUCCCUCCCUCCCUUCCUCCCUCCCUCCCUCCCUCCCUCCUCCCUCCCACCCCCACCUCUUAUCCGUUUAGGCUGCUCCUCAUCGCCAUCUUCUGGCUUGCCUUACGAGGAGACUGCCAAAGAAGCUGUCAGGCCAGGAGGCUUAGAGGGCCCGCCUGCAGCUUCUCCUCCUCACACGUGUCCAAACGUUACUGGAGCAGGGAGCAUGCAGUCAGGGGGCGUUCACAGAUUCUUGGUCCAUCAGCAACAUCAGCCACAUCAGCAGCAGGGUGGAGAGGAGAGUACAGUGUGGAAAGAGUGGUGUCCCAGUUGGCAUCAGUGACGGAUAGGGCGUCGUCGCAUGCUCCUUCUGCCCUGCAUGCUCCACGAGCAAGGCGCAAGGCUCAGACAAACUGUAUGGACGUGUGUGCCGCCUCACCUCGCAUCUGCUUUCAUCACCCCAAAGGCGCAGAUGAGCUACAUCACGUGGGCAAGGGAGAGCAGGGGGGGGGGGGGGGAGGGGGGGAGGGGAGGGGGAGGGAACGAGGGGAAGGAGGUGGGGGAAUGGGGGGAAGCAGGGGGGAAAGAGGGGAAGCAUUGUGGGAAAUGAAGGCGCAAGGGGGAAAACCUAGAGCAACGGGGAAGAAAAGGGGGAAACAGAGGGAAAGAGGGUAG